UAUUGUAAGGACCUUAAGUUCCAAAUUUCAAGUCAUUCGGUUAAUUGGGAGAUGAGAUAUCGUGUAGCAAUACUAUCCUUACCUAUGGUAAUAGGACAAGGAAAGUAAAAAUGGAUGACACCUGUGUGAGUUCCUUGUAUAAACUCACUAUAUUAUUCGAAUGAAGCCUUGAAACAGCUUCACAGUUUAUGCAAGAAGCCCACUGAGCUACUUCUCAAUGCCUAUAGAUAGAGGCAAUAAUUGAUGAGACUCCCAAUACCGGGUUACAUUUGUCACGUUUCCGCGACCGCAUUCGAAGUGAAAACUGAACAUUUACCGAGACACAAGUCACGAGCCUGAUGAUAACUCUUUAUAAACACCAGAAAUCACAGAUCUCUACCACAAUAAUACGGUCCACGGAAGCUCGAACAGUGCUGCUUUAAUUCUAUUCUUAUUCGGAUGCAGAAUGUCGCGUUUUUGGACUCAAGCUCUUUGUUCAAUUAUCACCAUCAUUCUAUUGUGUGCAUUGUGCAGGGCAGAAAAUAUCACAUCUACUGUGGCAGCCGAGACCAACAUAGAAGAAGAGACAACAGUCACUCCAGCUCCAGUAGUAGCAGCCUCUAAUGGAUUAUUACCCAGGCAGGUUUUCAACGAAAUGUACUCAGAGUGUCUCUACAAGCUAUCGUACCCCUGCUUUGGAAGAAAACUUCUUGUUCUGUUGGAUUACUUCGACAAAAUGCGAGAGAUUAGUGUCUAUGAUGGAUGGAUUUCAGUAGUGCGAACGACAGAAGCCGCCACGCCGCAAAUAACAGAGGACCUGCUGUUUGCGCGCAGCGCCUCGCAGGGCCAGAGGCUGGUGCAACUCAUCGAGCUGGCAUUCGAGAGAUUCAUCGAUAAUCGCGUGAUAAGACUGGCGCUGCCCAAUUGGAGUAGCAAUGACGCUGUGGCAAGAUCGAAUGACUACGUGGAUUUCGACUUCUCUGGAUAUUCAGAGGACUCAUUUGAAGGAAGAGGCAAGAAGAAGAAAAAGAAGAAGCUGAUGAAGAAGAAAAGCAAAAUUAUCAAGAAACUAUCAAUGAUUAUUGGAAAGGUGAUGAUGAUAAAAAUGGCCAUUUUGGGGCCAAUCUUGAUCAAGCUCAUUGCUCUGAAGAAAAUCAAGGCCCUGCUGCUGGGGAAGAUCGGCUUCUUGCUGUCAGCGUUCAUGUUGAUAAUGAAGUUCAUGUCCAAAGGAGGAAUGAAAAUGAUGGGAGGAGGUGGAGGGGGAUGCAGCUGUGGAGGGGGAAGUAUGUGCGGCUGUAAGGGCUCACAUGAUGCGGUAAUGGGCUACCCUCCGGCCGGGGUGAGCCAGUCAGAUUGGAGCUCGAGUGGGGGUGGCGGAGGCGGUGGAGGCGGUGGCUGGGGUGCGAGUGGGGGUGGCGGAAGCAGCAGUGGCGGCUACGGCAGCUCGGGAGGCGGAGGAGGCGGUGGAUCGGCGUGGAGCAGUUUGACCAACGCGGUCAGCAGUGGGGCGGUAGCCAUGGGGGGUGGCGGUGGAGGCGGCUGGGACCGUAGCUUCGGACACGACCUCGCUUAUGCCUACUACCGGCAGCAGGAAUCAUCCACUGACAAGCCGGUGUCUUUGGAUGGCGUAUGAUACAUCAUUAACCAGUGCCAAGUCAAUAAUUCCUAUUAGCCUACCACCAUAGACUUACUAAAAUCACUCCAUCGAUCAAUGUAUUCUCACACAUACACUGACAACAUACAUCACAUCAUCAUCACAUCCCUAUUUAUAUAUUCUCUAAAUACUUUGAAAAACUUGUUUGAUAGCAAUGAGAUUACUUUUAUUAUUUUCAUAAAAUGGAUCACACUAUUAUUAGGAUACCUUAUUGUUUGAUCUUUAAUGGUGAAAAUCAAGACAUCAUCAAUCAUCCUUUCUUUAUUAUGUUGAAAAUUCAGGAUAAUCAUCAUUAACAUUGGUUUCAAUUGUUUCAAUCCAAAGUCUGAUAAUGCAGAGUUUUUGCCGAUCAAGUUUGAUCAUCGAUAUCUCCCUAAAUCUAUCUCCCAAUCUAUCGAGCUAAUUGAGGCAAAUUUCUAUUCAAUUAGUUUUUGUUUAAUUUGUCUUUGGUUUUUGAGUCAACUUUUUGAAUUGCACAAGCUCCCUGAAUGUCAAUACUAGUGAAUAAUAUUAUUUACAAAUCAUAAUAACUCUAAAUGGACUAUGUUAUUGUUAUAGGCUUGAUAUUCGUAAUAUAAGUUGUGAAAUAUGAAUGUGAUUAUUGUACCUUGAUUAAUUGAUCUUAGAACUGAUAUCAAUUCAAGUUAUUUAUUCAAUUAUUUAUUUUGAAUUAGUCUAAUAAUAUUUAUUUGAAUAUAACGAAUUUUGUUUCUGUUAUCCCUUAGUU